CCCCCUUUCCCUUAUUCACAUCUCCCCCAUAAUUACAAAUAACUUCAACUCUAUUACUGUAGAAAAGUUCCACAAUGGAUUUUGCUCUUAGAGAUAUGGGUUUUGAUCCAUCGAUGAUAGGUGCACUUCACGACAUGUUUGAUUUCAUGGACGAAACAACAGAGCAGAAACCUCAACAUCCAUCUAGGACUUACAUACGAGACACGAAAGCCAUGAAAGCAACACCAGCAGAUGUAAUAGAAUACCCUAACGUCUACCAGUUUUUAGUGGACAUGCCAGGGUUGAAACCUGAUCAAGUCAAAGUCCAUUUGGAGGAUGAAAAUGUGUUAGUAGUGAGCGGAGAAAGGAAGAGAGAGAAAGAGAAAGAAGGGAUAAAGUAUUUGAAAAUGGAGAGGAGGUUUGGGAAGUUGUUGAAGAAAUUUGUGCUGCCGGAAAACGCUAACACGGAUGGGAUAUCGGCGGCGUUUCAGGACGGCGUGCUGGUGGUGAAGGUGGAGAAGAGGCCACCGCCGGAACCCAAGAAGCCAAAAGUGAUUGAAGUUAAGUUGGGAGGAGGAGAGAGUAGUACUACCGGCGGUGGUGGUGUCGAAGCAACUGAAGGAGGGGGUCAACAAGUCCAAGAUGGAGUUCCCAGUGAAGUUAAAACUGACUAAGAUGUUUAUGCUAUCUAAAUAAUCAGGCAGCCUUGUGUUGGUUUUUGCUUAUUAGUUUCUUUUGCUGUUAAAAACUGUCUUUGGUGAAAGUUCAAAGGGUUUUGAUCCUGGUCUCCUAGAUGUUUAAUAAUGUACAUGUAGGUGUGUUAAUAAAGAAGUCUAUAUAUGUCCAAAAAACGUGUAAAUACUUAUAUGUAUCUGUAUGGUCAUGCUUUUUGUGAAUGUUAAUGGUGACUACUGUUGUAGUGUGAGGA